UAAGUUUCUCUUUGACCAAGCAAAACGAGACGCGUUAGUAAGAGAAAUGAAACUUUCACUUUCUUCAUUGUAGCUGUGAGGAGGGUAGCUAAAGAUGUCCUUGCUUUGCUCUCUUUUGUGUGUCCUGUUGUGUGGCCAAGCAGCUAUGGAGAUAACGGCUAAUUGUGGAGGAGACGUUUUAAUCUCAUGUCCGGCAAAAUCCGAACAAGAUGUCCAGUACAGAGCUAUAAGCUGGUAUAAGGUUUCUGAUCAAGGCCACUUAAGUGGUAUCGUUCGCUGGAAUCUUCAGAGCAACUUGGUCAGUGUCUACAGUGACCUGAAACAGUCAGUGGGGUUUCCCACUGGAGACGGUUUCACAAUUGAGCUGAGAAACCUCACCCAGCAGCACCCCGGUGUCUACAGGUGUACACUGUGGGCGCCACUGGGGCGCCAGAACAGGGAAGGAGACACCCGACUAACAGUUACAGGCUGUUCUACUUUGGCGGACAUAUUCCAGGAUAUGAAGAUAUUUUUGCAGACAGACUACAAAUUGCUGGCGUUAUUUCCUUCUGUGAUUAUUGUUUAUGUGGUUUAUAGAUGCAGCUUCAGUCGGCGUUUCUUUCUGGUGAAGAGGAGUCUCGUUUACCUCGAGGGAGACGAGAAAGGUUGCAUUUCAGGUCCUACAGAUUCACCGGUCUUUCUUGGAGGGGGGCUCAAGCAAGGGAAAUGGAUACAAAGGGAUCGUAAACAACCACACUACAGCAUCUGCUUUCCCCCCAGAGCUUUAGGUCCUCAUUUAAAUACCGUACACUAUCAAGAGCCGAUGUAAGUGAAGAAAGUGUUCUCAUUGAUGACUGGUUUCCUGUAUAUUUAAGAGCUUGCUGCACAAGAUUACUUAAAAUAAAUUUAACAGGCAGGGUCUCAUUCAUAAAUUGUUUUAUUACGGGUGAUGAAGUGCAAGACGAAGACUAGCAAAAGUAUUGGGACUAUGUGUGGCGUUUUGUUAAAUUGCAAAAUGAUGCCUAACGUUUAAGCUUAAUAUUUUAUUCAAAGCCUGAGUGCUUGAACUGAAGACUGAAAGUUUGUAGUAUACUGUAUAUCAGUAAAAGCUAAACAGUAUACAUGUUGAUUGCAUUCCGACUUGUGAACG